AUAUCACUAUAAAAUAACAAUAUUUGUUUAUUCGUUCAUUUUUUGGUACCUCAGCGCAUUGUCCUAAAUCCCCACAAGAUGGCGGCGUUGCUCGCGAGACUGAGCAUGUCAUGGGAGGUGGGAUUUCCUCCCAUCCUCCUCAACAUCACCCUGCUCUUCCCAGGGAUGUGUCGGCGUGCACCGGGUGCACCUGUUUUAUUUCCAAUUUCUGCGUACGGCCGCUGAAAUGCCCCGUUAUAACCUUCGCAACCAGUGACCACUCGAAAAGGUUUGAAAGACCUGCUCGGUGGCGGCGGCGAGGCCUCGGCCGUGUGGUUUGUAUUCAACCUUAGAGGAUGUGUUGAUUUUUCUUUCACCCCCCACCUCCUCCGACGUGCAGCAGUGAGACAGCAUCUUUGCCGGUGACACAUCAUUAUCCCUACGAGUGGACAAGCCCCAUAGGACGCCAUGUCGGACAAAAGUGACCUGAAAGCAGAGCUGGAGCGCAAGAAGCAGCGCCUCGCCCAGAUCAGGGAGGAAAAAAAGAGGAAGGAGGAGGAGAGGAAGAAGAAAGAGGUAAGGAAGAAACAAGAGAGCCAGCAGAAGACAGAAGCCACCCCAGAAGAUUCAGACUUGGAUCGCAAGCGCAGGGAAACCGAGGCCCUGCUACAGAGUAUUGGCAUCUCUCCGGAGCCGCCACUAGUCCCGACCCCCGUGUCCCCCUCCAAAUCAGUGAGCACGCCCAGCGAGACGGGGAGCCAGGACUCCGCUGAUGGAGGAGCAGCAGGCAGGUCAGAUUUCUCUAAAAACAAGUCCCCAGCACAGAUCUCAAGGACACUGCAGUGGGACACAGACCCCUCUGUGCUGCAGCUGCAGGCUGAUACUGAGCUCGGGCGCAGGUUGCAGAGGCUGGGGGCCUCUAAAAUCACACAAGUAGACUUCCUUCCCAAAGAGGUGGUCUCCUACUGCAAGGAGACACAGACACCGAACACAUACCUGUCUGAAGUUGAGGAGGAAGACGAAGAUGAAGAGUUGAUGGAAGCGAAGCCCGGUCCAGAGCUGGACCAGCAGGACGACGACGACAACAGGGAAACCAAAGAAGGCAUGUUUCCGGUGCUGCGAGAGCUGACAGAGGAGGAGAGGCAACAGAUCCUGCACUCCUCCGAGUUUCAGAGCUUCUUUGACUGCAGCAUCCGGGUGAUGGAGAGGGCCCUGGCCGAAGACGGCGACAUCUUCUUCGACUACAGCGGCCGAGACCUUGAGGACAAAGAGGGAGAGUUGGGCAGCGGCUCCAGUCUGUCCCUCUGCAGACUCUUCUAUGACGAGCACUGGUCGAAACAUCGCGUGAUCACCUGUCUUGACUGGUCCCCUCAGUAUCCUGAGCUGCUGGUCGCCUCUUAUAACAACAACGAAGACGCUCCACACGAACCAGACGGCGUGGCCUUGGUGUGGAACAUCAAGUUUAAGAAGGCCACUCCGGAGUACAUCUUUCACUGUCAGUCUCCAGUGGUGUCUGUGGGUUUUGCCAGGUUUCAUCCCAACCUGGUGGUGGGGGGCACUUACUCCGGACAGAUCGUCCUGUGGGACAACCGCAGCCACCGUAGGACCCCGGUCCAGAGGACUCCCCUGUCUGCUGCUGCGCACACUCACCCGGUGUACUGCGUGAACGUGGUCGGCACCCAGAACGCCAACAACUUGAUCACGGUGUCCACAGACGGCAGGAUGUGCUCCUGGAGCCUGGACAUGCUCUCCCAGCCUCAGGAGACCAUGGAACUGGUGUACAAUAAAUCCAAACCCGUGGCGGUGACAGGCAUGGCCUUCCCCACGGGAGACGUUAACAACUAUGUGGUCGGGAGCGAGGAGGGCACCGUGUACACUGCAUCCAGACACGGCAGUAAGGCCGGUAUCUGCGAGAUGUUUGAGGGCCACCAGGGGCCGGUUACCGGCAUCAGCUGCCACAGUGCGGUGGGGACCGUCGACUUCUCCCACCUCUUCAUCACGUCCUCCUUCGACUGGACCGUCAAACUCUGGAGCACCAAGCACAACAAGCCUCUGUACUCGUUCGAGGACAACGCCGACUACGUGUACGACGUCAUGUGGUCCCCCGUGCACCCCGCGCUCUUCGCCGCCGUGGAUGGCAUGGGCCGCCUGGACCUGUGGAACCUCAACAACGACACCGAGGUGCCAACUGCCAGUGUGACAAUCGAGGGCGCCUCGGCCCUGAACAGGGUGCGCUGGUCGUCAGGGGGGAAGGAGGUUGCCGUCGGCGACUCGGAAGGCAGAGUUUGGAUCUACGACACGGGGGAGCUUUCUGUGACCCACACUGACGACUGGGCGCGCUUCGCUCGUACCCUGAUGGAGAUCCGCGCUAACCGGGCGGACGGCGAGGAGGAGGGGCCUAUGGAGCUGGCUUCAUAGAAAAAGGCCCCCGAAAAACCAAAGUGGAGACAACCAGACACCUGGCGUGCUUUUACUGUGUCCGUAGCAUGUGCUUCUCACUCGUUUCCUUUCUCCACUUUCACGUUCCUGUCCGGGCCGAACAAGGCAGCGCUUUUGUCGUGUUUUUGCGUUUGCUCUCUCGUAGAUGCAAACCUCUACCGAUUUGUCCGCCACCAUUUAUCCAAUGACUUGAGGUGAUCGUGAGUGGCAGUCCUGUAGCCUUAUGAAGAUAUGUGUACUGUAAUGACGCUUUGCACUACUGUAAAAAACACAGCAGGGUCCAUAGACUAGUCAUGUAAUUGUUUACAAAAAAAAAAAAAGGUCACUUCACGUUGUGCUCGUUCUUUUCUUGGUGUUGAGCCCGCAUGCGACACAUUCCUAAAAUAUUCCAGGAAACCCGGAGUUAAUGUGUUUAUCUCGCGUGAGGCUGCUUCGUGUCUGAAAACUGAAUCAAGUGUGGUUGUGGCACUUUGUCUCCUGUACCGAGAGCUUCAACUGUAUAUUCUUAACCAGCUGUAACAAUUAACGAGAGGUAUAUUGUAACGGACGGUGGUUGCUGUUAAACCUGCUAUGUUUGCUAUUAAAGCGCAGCCAGUGA